CACUGAGAAGAAAGGGAGAGAGAGGGCUCGAGAGCCACGAUGGCCGACGACCAGGACCUUUCAGAGGUGGAGAUGAGCCCAGUGGGCUCCGAAGACCACCACUGCCUCUCACCAGGCCCCUCCAUGGCGUCGGACAAUUCCCCACACCUCGCCAGCUCCGGGAACGGGGAGAUGGGGAAGGUCAAGAAGGAACAGCAGGACUCGGAGGCGGACGACGACAAGUUCCCGGUGUGCAUCCGCGAGGCAGUCAGCCAGGUGCUGAGCGGCUAUGACUGGACCCUGGUACCCAUGCCCGUCCGGGUCAAUGGAAGUAACAAGAGCAAACCCCACGUCAAGCGGCCCAUGAACGCCUUCAUGGUCUGGGCACAGGCUGCCCGCAGGAAGCUGGCUGACCAGUACCCCCACCUCCACAACGCCGAGCUCAGUAAGACCUUGGGGAAGCUCUGGAGGCUGCUGAACGAAAGCGACAAGCGGCCCUUUAUCGAAGAGGCGGAGCGGCUGAGGAUGCAGCACAAGAAGGACCAUCCCGAUUACAAGUACCAGCCCCGCCGGCGGAAAAACGGCAAAGCCACGCAAGGGGAGGGCGAAGGCCAGGGGGAGGGCGAGGCCGGCGGCGCCGCUGCCAUCCAGGCCCACUACAAGAACGCCCACCUGGACCACAGGCAUCCCGGAGAAGGGUCGCCCAUGUCCGACGGUCACCCAGAACACUCCUCAGGCCAGAGCCACGGGCCCCCCACACCUCCCACCACCCCCAAGACCGAGCUGCAGGCAGGCAAAGCCGACUCCAAACGAGAAGGGCGUUCCCUGGGGGAAGGGGGAAAGCCCCACAUUGACUUUGGCAACGUGGACAUCGGGGAGAUCAGCCACGAAGUGAUGUCCAACAUGGAGACCUUUGACGUCAACGAGUUCGACCAAUACCUGCCACCCAACGGACACGCGGGCCACCCGGGCCACGUUGGGGGCUACGCGGCGGCCGCGGGCUACGGCCUCGGGAGCGCCCUGGCUGCGGCCAGCGGACACUCUGCCUGGAUCUCCAAGCAGCACGGAGUCUCCUUGUCCACCGCCACCUCACCGGUGGUGGACUCCAAGGCGCAGGUGAAAACGGAGGGGUCCGCCCCCGGAGGUCAUUACGCCGACCAGCCCUCCACCUCACAGAUAGCUUACACGUCCCUGAGCCUGCCCCACUACGGCUCGGCCUUCCCCUCCAUCUCCAGGCCACAGUUUGACUACCCGGACCACCAGCCCUCGGGACCCUACUACAGCCAUUCCACCCAAGCCUCCGGCCUCUACUCUGCCUUCUCCUAUAUGGGACCUUCCCAACGUCCCCUUUACACUGCCAUCUCUGACCCUGCGCCCUCCGUGCCACAGUCCCACAGCCCCACACAUUGGGAACAGCCCGUGUAUACGACUCUCUCCAGGCCGUAGGGAACGGGGGCCGGUGACCGAAGCAGCGACGGAAAGGCUCCGAAGAAUCAGCACAGGCAGAAGAGCCUCCGAACUCCGAGGUCACUCAGUGCCACGCAGCCACCAGAACCUACUGAGGACACACAAGUGCCUCUCUUGACCUCGGCUAUCGCUGGCUCACCCACCUAGAGGAAGGUUUUUCGUCCUUUCGCCUUUUACCGAUUUCACGCAAGCCACGGCCCCGGCUUGCAACACCUCACUGGCCUUCUACACGAGGAGGAUUCUAGACACGGAGUGACUGGUCUGUGGCGGGUUUCGUUGCGCGCCACCCGGGCUGUAGGGUGGAGAGAGACUGUCCUUUCCUUCCCCUCCCCACACCGUUCCAGGGAGUCAGCAAGUGUUUCCAACAAACAGGCCACAACAGCCAACGGCCUCGGGGAACCUGUCCUGGGAGGAGCAGGAGGGGAGUGUGGCGCCGACGGCUUCCUUGUGAUGGGCGUCGUGUGGCAGUCCUGCCUAAGAUUCACACACACACAGAUCCUGGACCCCCUUGGAAGACCUCCCUACGCUUGCUUCCCUGAUGACUUCCACAGCUACAGCCUUGCUUUUCUCCUCGCCUCUUCUCUCCUGUCUCUGUUUAACCCCACGCUCCUUCCCACGUGGAGAACGCCUGUAUGUUUGUGAAUAGAGGUGCAGGAGAGGUGGGGAAGGACGAGCGAAUGACUAAGGUGCUGUGGGUGAAUCCUCCUUUAUUACAAUUACUCUGUACUGUUCAUCUACAUCUGGCAUUUCUGGCAUCUCAGCCUUUUCUAAUCUCUUCAGUACCCUGAACCAACCCCUCUGAGCAAACUUGGUCCUCGCUCUUCCACGUCUGACUGUGUCUGCCUGAAACGAAGAGGCACAAAGCAAGCUACUAUAUGCACCGGCCAACACCCCGAGUUGACUCCAGCACUCUCUUUGAAGCCCCACUCCAAACUCAGGCUGAUGGGGUGUGCAUCCCUGCUCAUUUGUUCACCACGUCUUCCAGUCAGUCAAGACUUCCCUACCUACUCUGAGGAUGGACAGGUAACUCCUGCGGCUUUAAGCAAGGUAGAUUUGCACCCAACCUUGGAUGAGCAGACAGAAAAGAAGCCUAUUUAGGUGCACGGGAAUUUGUUUUCCCCUUUGGGUUUCAACUGGAAGCGACCAGCUCUCACAGUCAGAUCAAUCUCCUUUUUUUUUAGCCCGACACUCGAGGACAGUCUGCUUACUUCUCCUUUGUCACCUCCAGGACUGGGGUGGUUUGUCAUGCCAGGGAGUGAACUGGCACAAAAGUUGCUGCAGGAAAAGUUGACUCCCAGCAACUGAUGGCAGAGACGUGUCGUGGGACCUCCCAAUGGAUAAUCCAGUCCAGAAAGAUAGAAUACUUUGACCAAACGUGGGCUGUGACCAGUGCUGCCGCAUCCCUCUGCCGAUAUGACCUGUCAGAUGCCCUCCCUGCCUCCCUUAGCUAUGGAUGACUUAUCCUCGUGGUGUCUGAAAAGAUCACGUAGAAAGUUUGCUCCUUGCACGCAUGUAACCUCUUCCAGCCCUUUCCCCUUAUUUAUGCAAGUAGCACCUCCCUUUCCCCAGCCUCUCUGCUGUCCUAGCAACAUUAACUCUGCAUUAAACAUACAGAAUAAUAAACUUUAAAGUUUCAUUUUCA